CAGCGCCGAGGCCGGGCCAUGGCCACCACCAGCACCACCGGCUCCACCCUGCUGCAGCCCCUCAGCAACGCCGUGCAGCUGCCCAUCGAUCAGGUCAACUUUGUAGUGUGCCAACUAUUUGCCUUGUUAGCAGCCGUUUGGUUUCGAACUUAUCUACAUUCAAGCAAAACUAGCUCUUUUGUCAGACACGUAGUCGCUACUCUUUUGGGCCUUUAUCUUGCAUUUUUUUGCUUUGGAUGGUAUGCCUUACACUUUCUUGUACAAAGUGGGAUUUCCUACUGCAUCAUGAUCAUAGCAGGAGUGGAGAGCAUGCACCAAUGUUGCUUUGUGUUUGCUUUGGGAUACCUCUCAGUGUGUCAAAUUACUAGAGUCUAUAUCUUUGAUUAUGGACAAUAUUCUGCUGAUUUUUCAGGCCCAAUGAUGAUCAUUACGCAGAAGAUCACUGGUUUGGCUUACGAAAUUCACGACGGGAUGUUUCGAAAGGAUGAAGAACUGACUCCGUCGCAGAGGGGAUUAGCUGUGAGGCGCAUGCCAAGUCUCCUGGAGUAUGUAAGUUAUACCUGCAACUUCAUGGGCAUCCUGGCAGGCCCGCUCUGCUCUUACAAAGACUACAUUGCUUUCAUUGAAGGCAGAGCGUCCCACAUGGCACAGACAAGUGAAAACGGAAAAGAAGAACAGCAUGGAAAAGCAGAUCCAUCUCCAAACGCAGCAGUUACGGAGAAGCUCCUGGUCUGUGGACUCUCCUUAUUGUUUCACCUGACCAUCUCUAACAUGCUGCCUGUAGAGUACAACAUUGAUGAGCAUUUCCGAGCCACUGCAUCGUGGCCAACCAAAGCCACCUAUCUGUAUGUCUCUCUCUUGGCUGCCAGACCGAAGUACUAUUUCGCAUGGACCUUAGCUGAUGCCAUAAACAAUGCUGCAGGCUUCGGUUUCAGAGGUUACGACAAGAAUGGAGUGGCUCAAUGGGACUUAAUUUCCAAUUUGAGAAUUCAGCAGAUAGAGAUGUCAACAAGUUUUAAGAUGUUUCUCGAUAAUUGGAAUAUCCAGACAGCUCUCUGGCUCAAAAGGGUGUGUUAUGAACGAGCAACCUUCAGUCCAACAAUCCAGACAUUCUUUCUCUCUGCCAUUUGGCAUGGGGUCUACCCAGGAUACUAUCUGACAUUUCUAACAGGAGUGUUAAUGACGUUAGCAGCUCGGGCUGUGAGAAAUAAUUUUAGGCAUUAUUUCGUUGAACCCCCUCAACUUAAGUUAUUCUAUGACAUCAUAACAUGGGUGGCAACACAGCUAACCAUAAGUUACACGGUUGUUCCGUUCGUGCUUCUAUCCAUAAAGCCAUCAUUCACGUUUUACAGCUCCUGGUACUACUGCCUUCACGUCUGUAGCAUCUUAGUGAUGCUAUUGCUGCCUGUGAAAAAGUCUCAGAGAAGAAAGAGCGCACAGGAAAAUGUCCAGCUCUCACGGGCCAAAAAGUUUGACGAAAGGGAAAAUUCUCUGGGACAGAACAGUUUUUCCACGAUGAAUAAUGUUUGCAAUCAGAACCAAGACACUGGCUCCAGACAUUCGUCACUAACGCAGUGACUGGGAGAGCACAUGAUAGCUGUUUCCCGUCUGUGAACAGAAGCCAGUCUUGACGCCUUUGCAGAGCCUCCUGUUUAAGGAAGAGGGACUAACUGGGUGGAAUGGGACGGUCUUGGAUAGGGGAUUUUCUAUAUACUAGAUUGGAAAUGGAAUGAAAUAACCCCUCCCAUGCCAUGUUCCUGUGGGUCACGCCUUAUACAAAAUCUUUCCAUAUUUCAGUAGGGCACUCUGACCUCAGCAUCUGCCCUCAAGGUCAUACAUGUACCCUGUUACUGAAUGUAUACUGCGUAUCCCAAGGCACUGAAGAGGUGGAAAAAUAAUCAUGUCAAUCUAGGUGAUUAACUUUUUCCAAAUGAAUGUCUUGCCUUAAAUCUUCCGUUUUCUAAAAUGUUGUUCCGGGAUGGUAUUUUGAAGUGUAAUAUCGUGAGGAGAUGAUUUCAGUAGUUGAUACGGUGUGCUGCAGAGACGAUUGAGGAGCAGUCUAAAACCAGAUAGUUAAGAUCGUGGGUACUUUAAACAUGCAAUAAACAUCUCAGUAUUCGAAGGGUUUUCCUAAGGUAUCUUAGAGGACUGUCUGCAUGGUGGAACUGUAAGCAGUCAGGGCUUAAUCACAGGGAACUUAUUUUUCUCGGAGCUUAAUGACCUGGUAUCUGUCGGGGCCCUUCCAGGAGGACUUUCUUAAACAUAAUUAAAGGUUGGCAAUGUGAUAUUUUAGGCUUAUUUUCUUAAGAAAAAAAAAAAAACAAUAAUAAGAGGGAAGAUAAGGUAAGCAGGCCAGAAUGAGGAAAGCUCUGUGUGGCCUGAAGCCAGCAACAGAGGGAGGGCUUCUUCCCCCUUCUGUGUCCGAGAGCAGUGUAACUGUAUGGGACACAGCAGCUUAAUAUAGAUAACACUGUGGACUUUUUGAAGAAAUUUCUUGAGCAUAAAUUACAUAGAGCUAGAGGGGGUUAUAAGAGUAAUAGGGAUAGAUGAUUUGAAGAUUGUGAAAGAAAUCUCUAGUAAUUAAGGUUUUGUACUGUUCAUCAGUUUCUUGCCCCUGUCCCUUUCAUUGCUGUUUGGGAAAGAUUUAGGGAAAAGAAAACUUAGUUGAUGGUCGAAAUGACUUUUUUUUUUUUUUUUUUUGAAAAUAAUAAAUUAGUUU